GCGGAGACCUGCAACGUAAUUCGCAAAGAAUCAAACUCAAUCAAUGCGCUGCUGCGUAUAAUGCGUACCUGUGCGUACCUGUGCGUACCUGAGUAACCUAGUCUUUUCUUAAAGAAAAGAAAUAAUCAUGAUAUUCGCAAACAAAUGCGCCUAGGCAAAAGAUAUGCGCCUCGGUCCAUCUACUUCUGAACUUGACCCUAUGGUCCUGCGACCAGUACCUCCAUAGUAUCAACUACGCUAAUUAUGGCCCUCGAACCCGGCCCUCGUCGUUCCCUCUCUCCAGAUAGCUCUGGUCCGAAUACUCCAACUAUAAGACAAUGGAGAAACCAGUUAGGCGCAGAGGAUACCCCGAUAAAAGACAAGCACUAUCGAAAGUAUGCGUCAGGAGUCGAGCGAGCCCUGUCGCUGUUCGACACCGCUUUGGAAGAAUGGGCAGAUUAUAUAUCUUUCCUGAGUAGACUAUUAAAGGCAUUACAAGCACGUCAAGCGAACACAAAUACCAUCCCCUCCAAAACGUUGGUCGCGAAGCGCCUAUCCCAAUGCUUGAAUCCUUCUCUUCCCUCCGGCGUACAUCAGAAAGCGCUAGAGGUAUACAGUCACGUAUUUUCGAUCAUAGGGAGAGAUGGCCUAUCCAGGGAUCUUCCUCUAUACUUCCCCGGACUAUCACCGGCCUUGUCGUUUGCCUCCUUGUCUGCCAGAGCUCCGUUCCUCGAUCUCCUCGAAAACCAUGUUCUUCGUGUUGACCCUAGGUCGUUAAGGCCUGCGAUGAAAAGUGUCAUCUUAGCCCUCUUGCCUGGGUUGGAAGAGGAGACGAGCGAGGAUUUUGACCGAACCUUGAAAAUCCUAGAGAAAUUCAAAGCCGCCAUACGGCCACCAGAUUGCGACGAUCUCACGGUCACAGACUCGUCUGGGGAUGAUUUCUUUUGGCAGUGUUUCUUCUUAGCCACCAUCACUGGUCAAAGUCGACGGCCUGGCGCCCUCACAUAUCUUAAUCGUAGACUACCGAAAUUGGGACAUCCUCUCACACAGGAUAUUCACCCAAGUGAGACCGAAACACUCUCGUCCGAGCUUUCGAAACUUGUAACCUCUCCCGAACCGGGUUUGCUUCUCAGGUGUUUUGCAGCUGGGUUAGGGGAUGAGCAACUCCUCAUACAACGGGGCUUUCUGGACCUUCUGGUUACACAUCUCCCCUUACAUUCCCAGGUAUUGCAGAAAAGAGUGAAGGAUGAGGACCUAGAACUCUUGCUUCGUGCUGCUGCCGGCGUUGUCACCCGGAGGGAAAUGAGUCUCAAUCGUCGACUUUGGGCUUGGUUUUUAGGGCCUGAUCCUCCGAGUCAAGAACCGGAAAGUGGCCUAGAGUCACCUAUUUCGCCCUCUGAUCAUCAUGGGUUUUAUAGUUCCAAAACGAGUUACUUUGAGGAAUACGGCUUACGUCCAUUGACUCGAGCAUUGUUAUCAAUGAUCAAUUCUGCACCUAGCAACAACCCCACAGAAAGAGCCCGACCUUACCGAAUAUGUUUGUCUCUCAUGGAUCGAUGGGAAAUAGGCGGCCUUGUAGUGCCCGAAAUAUUCCUUCCGGUCAUAAUCAGCGUCAAAAAAUUCAAAUCCAGCUCUUCGAGUAAAGCCGAGUUCAGCGAAGUGUUGCGUAGCGCCAGUGUUUUCUUUGAUGGCGUCGAGAGUGGGCUCAUAUAUGGCGAGAUGGUAGGACUUAUGGCUCAGGCGCUUGGCCUCAGCCCCGGAGACACAACAGGUAUAGAGCAGGAUGAGAAACUCGCACUCGUUCAGUUCAUCAUGACUCAUUUUAGUAUCCGAGAAGAGGAAAUGAUUACACUUCAUGCUCCACUAGCUGCUCUCUCCGUUUUGACGAUGCUGGAAGAUGUAAGGGAGAGUAAGAGUCAAUCGAAGGCCCCCAACGAAGGCGGAAACAGUACUCUUUCAUCUCGGGCACUCGAAAUUGCCCGAGAUUUGAUUGAACUCAUCCCAGAACGCGCAUUUCCAACUGGAUCAGGAGAGAGAAAUUCGGUUGGAUCCAUAGAAGGCCCAGUGGUGGCAUCUAUGUCCAACGGUGAAAUACUCAAAAAGAUCAAACACUUCUAUGUCUCGGACCAAGGAAAUAUCGAGGCUACGCCAAUGCCGUUUGCACCGCGGACUAUUGGAGCCCUCCUAUCUCAGAAAGCGUGUAACUUAACCUGCGAUACACUCUCCGGCGCUGAUCACGAGAUCCCAAUGUCUAUUAGAAGUCGAGUCAUGGGGCUUCUCCUAUCAAAGAUACCCCAGGAGUAUCCUGUAGAUACCGAGAGGCUUCUAGCAGCCAUGCAGGUGCGACUAUCUAUACCCAAUAUAACAUUCGUCUCGUUCAAAUCUAUUCUCUCCCUCUCGACACAACUGUAUGCAUGUGAUCGGAUACCGACAACUAAUCUUUCGGACCUGGUCGAGCCAUUGGUGCGCCACGCAUGGAGUUUCUUGUCCUUGUCAGAACCAAAAUACCAUGUUGAAACCGUGAGAUGUCUCUGGCAGCUGCAAACGGCUUUGGGUAUUUCAAGUCGCGAUAUUGAAGCGGUCAUCACCGAUCUCAUGCUUAAAGACGGCAUAACAGGCACGUUUGCUCUACGGUCAGCAGAUCCAGGCCGGAGUUUUACUAUUCUUUGGUCACAUACUUUGCAAGACAAUUCUUUACAUGCCGAUAGGAGAAGCCCGAAAACUCCUACUGAAUCCAGAAUCACGCACCGGCUGUCUGGGAUGGAUCACUAUGAUGUGAUGCUUACCCGACCUCUUUUUCUAAUGCUUGAUUCACUAUUAGAUGAGCGUACUCAACUGUUUAUGAUGGUCAAAAACUGGCUUAACACCAUGGUCGGUAUAGAUAAGCUUUUCCUAGUAUUUGUUACGAACAUCUCGCAACUUAAGUUCCUUCGAGCUUUCCCGCAGACGGCGAAUGCUGUUACGUCAAGCCAGUCGGUGCAAUUCUCAACGGAAGAUGAUCUUGACCUAGUACUUUAUUAUCUUCGAACAUUAUCCAACAUAUUUCGAUGGGCACCUGAUGCGUUCUGGGGAGUCCUCGCAACGAGGAUAAUUGAAGAGCCCGACCAACAUAUAAGAGAGAUAGCUGGUACGGAUGGGGGGUUUUCCCUCCAAGAAUUCUUCUUACGUGUCUGUAUGCGAUGUAUUGCUGGCAACCAGUUUCCGGACGAUAGCCAGAUACAGCUUCGUACAGCUCAGCUUCAUCGUUGUGCCUUGACCUUCCUUCACCAAAUACUUCUCAACCCGUACGCAGAAGCAUUGGCAAGACUAAAAUUAGAAGAUGUCUUAAUCGAGCGGCUCGCCCAGUCCCUUAAAGGGCCCGAUCCGUACGUUCAAGUUCUUCUACUGGACGUUACGUUUGCCUCCCUUAGACUCCGAGAUAUGUUGCCCACCGAAGUCCCAUCCUCCCCGGUUGGAGAGAAAAGGACUCUAGGUCAUCCGUCCGGUAGCGCCCGUCUGUCUGCUACUUCUCUUGACCGCAUUCCUGAAGUCUCGCUGCCACCCUCAUCUUUGCUCAAGUGUAUACAAGCAGGUCUCAGUUCUCCCAGCAGCCGACCUGUGUUGGACAGCUGGGUGGGUUUCCUCACGGAGUGCUUACCCCUAUAUUCGGACUCUAUUUUCCAAGUCCUCAUACCCCUAGUAGAAACUCUCUGCGACCAAGUCUCCAGUACAUUUAGCAACUUGCAAAUGACAUUCAGGGAAAAUGGGAAGCCGUCUGAGAGCAUCAAUGCGCCAGAAACAACAUUGAUAUCAUUGCUCAAUGCACUCGAGCAAGUCCUUGCCAAGGCACAUGAUCAGUUGAUAGCUGCGGAGGCUAGGGCCCAAAUCACAAAGAGUCCUGAUCAACCCCAAGGAUUCUUCGGGAACAUGGUGUCUGGGGUAUUCAACUCAGAUACUCCACAAUCUCGCAGCGCGACAGCGAAUGAUAGGUUGACGGUAUUACUUGCCUUCCAAGAUGCAGUCCGUAUGUGUUUUAGGAUAUGGUCCUGGGGACAAGGAAGCCAGGCCGGUAAUCUGGACAUGAACUCAGCUUCCUCGUUCAGCUUUACAUCGUUGCGUAUGCGAAACAGGGCUAGACGCCUUCUAGAACAUGUAUUUGCUGCCGAAGCGCUGGAAUGUCUAGAGACGGCGGUUGAUAUCUGGCGCAGCUCCUUGACUGACCCUGACCCAACCAAGCACACAGAAGUGUUCAACUUGCUCCCUGCUUUGGACGGAUCUCGACCAAGACAUACCAUUCCCGCCAUAUUCAAUGCGAUUUAUAGCCGCACUAACCCUAGUGCGCUCGACCCGUCUAGAAAAUCAACCCUGACGAUCGAGCUGCAAGAUACGGAUCUCGUGAUAUUCUUAGUUGAUUAUGCCAGGUCUCUCGAAGACGACGCGAUGGAUGAAAUAUGGCAGGAUUGUAUGAUGUUCUUAAGAGACCUACUCGGAAACCCAUUCCCGCAUAGACAGACACUCCCGAGCCUCUUAGAAUUUGCGGCGAUCUUGGGUGAAAAAGUUGACAAUACCAACUUUGGGGAGCAGAGAAAGAUGCGAAGGGAACUCGGGGAUCUAUUUUUGCGAUUACUCACGGCUCUCUUCACUACGAGGCCUACGUCUUUUACAGACGGAGUAUCCGCCUCACAGUCGGAUAAGUCCAAACCCAGUGAACAUCGAUUUAUGUCCCCAACGGAAAGGGCAGAUGAUGUAGUUGGCGUAUUGUCUAACAUCGUUCCCAACCUGCCCAAGAUUCUAGUGGAAUCUGAUCGUGUCUUGACCGCUGCGGGAGCCAUCUCGACAAACGUUAUCGGACCCUCUAUCCGCUCGAAAGCCUUUCCCGAUACUAUUUCAAAGACGACAUUGACUCUUCUCCAGGAACUUACAAGGCUCUCCGGUAACCAGAAGACCUGGAAGAAGGAUAUUGGCGAUGCCUUUAACGAUUCAAGGUUCUUCGGGUCAUCAGUCUCUUUAGUGCAAAGUGACUGGUUACCCCUAUUGAAGCUGUGGACAAUCACGGACAAGGACCGAAUGACAGAGAUACUGAGUCGAAUAACACCACCUACGACGGCUGGCAUAGUCUUUGGAGUGGGCGCGACUUCGGCAAGAUUGGAAGCAGACCGCAAGACCCAGCUCAACCUUCGCCGGAUCGCUGUGCUGAUUCUCGCUUGCGGCACGGAUACCUUCGUCACGGACCUCCCAACCAUCCUCGAGCGUAUCAUCGAGCUCCUCGCCGCAACAUCUACAUCCUCGCCCUCCUCAACGACGCGAGCUGACAUAUACAUGGUCUUCCGCGCCCUCGUCCUCCGCACCUCCGCCAUCCACCUCGCCGUCCUCUGGCCCACCGUCAACGCCGAGCUCCACGCCGCCAUCUCCUCCAUCGCCGCCCCCGACAACAGCGGCCCCUCGGACACCUUCAACAACCAGUCCGUACUGCAGGCCUGCAAGCUCCUCGACGUCCUCAUCGCCGCCGCCCCCGACGACUUCCAGCUGCACGAGUGGCUCUUCGUCACCGACACCAUCGACGCCAUCUACCGCUCCCCCACCUACCAGCCCAUCGCCCUCGUCGACGAGCUCUCCGAGGACCUCGGGAACGCCAUCAAUAACCACAACACCAAUAACAGCACUACCAAUAACAACGCCCCCGGCUCAGCGACCCUCCAAACCGAAUCCGCCAUCACAGCCGCCACCACCGCCGCCGCCGCCUCCGGGACCCGCCGCCCCUUACUCGGCCGACACCCGGGCGGCAUCGACGAUGAGCUGGUAGCGGACCGGCGCGACGAGCUCAUGGGCAAGAUUCUAAGGCCGUUCUUCGCGCAGCUCAGUAUUUAUGCGUUUGAAUCGACGUAUGCGAUGGGCGCGUUGGAUGUCGAGGCGUGUGUGGGCGGUUUGUUGCGGGAUUUGUUUGAUGAGAGGACUGUUGUUAAGGCUUUGUAGGGUGUUUAGGGGGGUAUCCAGAUAGGAGGUGUGCACGUAGACACCUACAUGUUUGGGGUGUCAAGAGUGUUGAGAGAAAUCUGUGAUAGUGGAAGGGAAUGGACUGGACUGGAAAGGAAAGGAAAGGAGAGGAGAGGAAAGUAAUAGGAAAUGGGGGGGGGAACAGGGGAAGAGGAGCUGGAAGGCGGCGUAUCUUGAUGAGCUUGAUGAGCUAAGGGGUUAAGGAGCUAAGAGCAAAGGAGCAAAAGAGAGUAAAGUAAAAGAGAGAAGAAAGGAGAGGAUAGGUGGAAGGGACAUGGGAUGGUUUAAUCAACCUAACCUAACCUAGCAUAGUAGCAUAGUAGGUAUUCAUUCGCCUUAGGAGGGAGAUCAGAGAUUACCUAGUAGAGAGCUGGAACAUGGAUUUAUUUAGGUACCUGCCACAUACCUAGGUAGUAUACAAGCAAACUUCGAAUUAUCAU